GGCGCAUUACACAAAAUGUUGAACCGCUGAUCAAAAACCCGCGGACUAUUAUCAUUCCCAGUCUCUUUUGAGGAGAUGAUUUUCGCGCGCUUUGUACGAAGUUUGGUUUCCUUGAGUGUGAGCGUUCGACAGCGGAACAGAGUCAACAGAAUGGGAAUUCACGGUCUUUCCAAAGUGAUCGGCGAUCAUGCACCUUCAGGAUCGAAGGAGAACGAGAUUAAGAACUAUUUUGGAAGGAAAAUUGCAAUUGAUGCUUCAAUGAGCAUUUAUCAGUUUCUGAUAGCAGUAAGGUCUGAUGGUAGUCAACUGACCAAUGAAGCUGGAGAAAUCACGAGUCAUUUGAUGGGUAUGUUUUAUCGAACUAUCAGGAUGGUAGAAAAUGGAAUCAAACCAGUGUAUGUUUUCGAUGGCAAACCACCUCACAUGAAAUCUGGAGAGCUGGCAAAGAGAAGAGAGAGACGUGAAGAGGCACAGAAAGGACUGGCUCAAGCUGAGGAAACUGGUGAUGCAGAAAGCAUGGAGAAAUUUUCUCGCAGAUUGGUCAAAGUUACUCCAGAGCAUAAUGCUGACUGCAAAAAAUUACUUAAGCUCAUGGGAAUUCCAUACAUUGAGGCUCCCUGUGAAGCAGAAGCACAGUGUGCAGCCUUGGUUAAAGCAGGAAAAGUUUAUGCAACAGGGACAGAAGACAUGGAUGCCCUGACAUUUGGCUCAAGUGUUCUUCUGAGACAUCUCACCUUUAGUGAAGCCAGGAAAAUGCCAAUAAGGGAAUUUUAUUUGGACAGGAUUCUUGCUGAACUAGAGCUUUCACAUGAUGAGUUUAUUGAUCUCUGUAUUCUGUUAGGCUGCGACUAUUGUGACUCUAUCAAAGGUAUUGGACCAAAAAGAGCAAUAGAUCUUAUCAAAGAGUACAAGACCAUUGAAGAAAUUGUCAAACAUAUUGAUACAAAGAAAUAUAUUCUGCCUGAAGAAUGGCCAUAUCAGGAAGCCAGAGAAUUGUUUAAAAACCCAGAAGUUAAAAAGGAUGAAGAUGUGGAGCUCAAGUGGGAGGCUCCAAGUGAAGAGGAACUUAUUAAAUUUCUAGUUGAAGAAAAAGGAUUCAGUGAAGACAGGAUACGCUCAGGAAUAAAAAAGCUCAGCAAAGCUCGCCAGGGGUCCACUCAAGGAAGGCUUGAUUCCUUUUUCAAAGUUCUUCCCUCUCCAAGUCCUUCAAGUAAAAGAAAGAGCGAGGAUACAAAAGGAUCAAAAUCCAAGAAAGCCAAGCCUACUACAGGAGGGAAGUUCAAGAAACCUAAAUAAAGAGGACUCCAGAGCAUUUGUCAUCAACAAGAGCUGGUUGUUCAAGAUUGCUUUGACUUCUGUGCCUUAAUGUUGAGAACAAAUUCUUCACUGGAUAAUUUGAACAGCAAUCUGAACAUGCAAACAAGGCUGUAAUAGUCUAAGUUCCUGAUUCCCACAAAAGAUACAAUAUGGCUUGCAUUAUAUGGAAAAGAUAUGUUCAUAUGUUUCAGGUUUAUAGUAAAAAUGGUCUCUCAUGGUUCACUGCGGUUCACUUAAUUUUGAAUUGAAAACCUCAAAAUGUUUAGUCUCCAGAGAUAACUAUUGGAGUCUGCAAAAGGGUGUCCCUUUCUUGGUUGUAUAGCAACCCAAGGGGCAUGUUUUAAACACAAAGGUUGUGUUUUCACUAGGCCGAUAAACUAGCUGAACAUUCUUUCUAGGUGUUUGUUUACAGACCAACAUUUGCUAGUUGAAUGUGACAUCUGUUUUCACUGGAAAUUUAACCCAGAAUUUAACCCGCUGACUCAGAAGAUUCAAAUUACAAAAGCGCGCAACUUUCAAAAAUGUAUGAAAGAGGAAACGCCUUUAAUGACUUCUCUUGUAUUAAUUCUAACUAUAUUUAUGCGUAGGAGAUCGAGAAGGCAUUUUUUUCUAGAGGACGUGGUUUAUGUCUCCAGAAAAGAGGAAGAUGCGAUGAAAUGUUGUAAUGCAGGAACUUGUUUUGCACGUCGGGUGACGCCGUUUCAUAGGUAAGGUCCUGGCCGUGGAACUGGAGAAUAUAAUGGGACCUUAAGGAUGGUAAACUGAGAUAAAUGAGAAGGACUGUUGAACUCGUCUGCUGCUUAAAGUUCUGUUUCGCAAACUGAACCGUGAUACAAGCGUCUGGUAAAUACUAUUACCAGAUUCUUUGGCAGGCGUCUGUCACUACACAUAAUGUGAUUGGCUGCAGCAUUUACUGGGACAAGUUAUACCAUCUAGCAAGGUAGUAUAACUUGGUGUGAAUUUCCAGUCAUAUAGGCGAGAUAAUUGCUUAUUUUUUCUGGUGAAAACAGAGUGCAUUUUUAACUUGCUAAACUCAAGACGAACUGUUUUCACUACAUUUCCAGACUUUUCCGACUUUAUCUAGCCAAAAUUGUCCUAAUGAAAACACAAACAAAAUGGCAAAAUGUCAAAAUGGUACUAUGCGUAAAGGUCAAUGUGAGAUACUGGUGUCUGUAAGGAUACAGACAGGAUUUGUGGGAUACAGGUGUCCUAACCCUAACCUUUACAAUUAUUGAGAGCUAACUACUGUGAAAAUCAAUGAUAUUCAGGCUUACCUGAGUGCACUUUAGGCUAACUAGAGGGCCAUUUCGGCUAACCGUAAUAAUAUUUUGUCAUUUUGCCAUUUCAUGUUUUAAACAUACCCAAGCUGAAGACCAGUUUGUGUAAUGUAUUGCAUGACGUCACAUGAUGGAUGUAUGUUGAGUUUGCAUAUUAUGGGUUAAUUAAAAUUGAGUUGAGCAUGUGGCCGUCAUCCACGUUUUGUUUGUUGUGGUGUUCCUCCCGUUUCUGGCCUUAAUACACUUCAUUUGGUGACAACGAGCAAAAAUGGCGACUGUUUGGUAGAGUAGAUGCAUUUGACGAGAACACUGAAACAUGGGAACACUACACAGAGCGAUUAGGACAUUAUUUUGAUCCAAAUGGUAUUGGUGAUGAGUCCAGAGAUGACAAAAGAAAACGUGGACGACGGCCGUGUGCUCAACUCAACUUUAAUUAACCCAUAAUAAGCAAACUUGACAUACAUCUGUCACUUGACGUCAUGCGAUACAUUACAGUUUGUUAGGUGUAUAUAGUUAAAUUAAAUCUUGUAUGUGUAUAUGCACAGGACUGGCCAUGGGUCUGUUAUAGUAUAGUAAGUGUUUGAAUAUGUGAAAUUUAGUGACUAUUCUAUUUAAUGAAAUUACUUUCAAACUUGGUAAGGUUAUGUAUUUUCAUUAAUGCUUGAUUUGUGCCUUUUCCUGCAUUGAGGUGAAUUGCAAGAAUAAAAAAUAAUAGGCAUCAAAUAUCACACAAAGCCUUAUGAUAUUGUUCUCAACGGUCAACCUGUAGCUAGUGUUACUAGCACCGACUACCUACCAGCUCCUCAAAAUGCGAGAGUUUGGGCUGCCUGAGUUCUGCUAAGUGUCUGGAGAGCCCAAAUAAUGAAUCAUAAACAGCAAAUAACAGCAAAUGUUCAUCAGUGGUUAACUCUGAGUUAUUGAAGGGUAUAACAAUUAAAUACAAUUAUUGUUAUCCAGAGCAAACUGCUGCUGAAUUAACGCAUUUUAGGAUAACCAAAGUGCGAGUCAGGUUAACCAUGACUAUUUGUCACCACUUACUGUUUUUUAUUGGCUAAUCAGGUUUUUCAGACACCUUUCUUUGGCUGUUUUCUGAAAGAAGAUGGCUGAAUUUCAUUUAUCUGCAUAAACUUGAAAAGGGACCCUUUUAACACCAGUCUGGCCUUCCUUCAGUGUCAAAACACUUGUAAUACAGUAAAAAACUGUGAGUAAGAAUCU